GCUCUCAAAGUCUUUGCCUUGAAACUUUAACGCUUACUUCAACAUGUUCACGAGUUUCACUGUUCCUUGUACUUCUCUUUCACGAAACUUUAACGCUUACUUCAGCGAGUUCGCGAGUUUCACUGUUCCUUGUACUUCUCUUUCACGAAACUUUAAUGCUUACUUCAGCGAGUUCGCGAGUUUCACUGUUCCUUGUACUUCUUUUUCACGAAUUACCACUUAGGCAACCAAAUUCUUUGAUUCAAGAACUUAACUGA